AUACGAGGGAUAAAGCGUAAUUUGGAAUAGUUGGUUCAGAGUUUCAUAAUGCAGUUGAGUGUUCUGUUGGUGGCCUUAGGCCUAGCUGUAGCCACAGCUGUCCCCAGAAAUCCUCAAAGGAUUGUUGGUGGAUCGGUAACUACCAUCGGACAAUAUCCAUUUGGCGCUUCCUUGCUGUAUUCUUGGGGUGGUACCACCUACUGGCAAGCUUGCGGUGGUAGCAUCUUGAACAACAGAGCUAUUCUCUCUGCUGCUCAUUGUUUCCUUGGUGACACAGCAAAUAUGUGGCGCAUCCGUGUAGGAUCCACUAACGCCAACAGCGGCGGUGUCGUUCACAACACUAACAGAAUCAUCAUGCACCCCAACUACGAUCCCCGCAACGAAAACAACGAUAUUGCUGUUUUGCGAUCCUCUUCCAACUUCGUGUUCAACAAUAAUGUACGCGCCGCGAGCAUUGCGGGCUCCAACUACAACCUUGCUGACAACCAAGUUGUCUGGGCUAUCGGAUGGGGCGCUACUUCUUUCAAAGGACCAAGCUCUGAGCAACUGCGACACGUACAAGUCUGGACUGUCAACCAGAACACAUGCAGGCAACGUUAUGCCGCUAGACGUGUAGUCACCGACAACAUGUUGUGCUCCGGAUGGCUCGGUGUCGGUGGUCGCGAUCAGUGCCAAGGCGACUCUGGUGGCCCUCUCAUCCACAACAAUGUUGUCGUCGGUGUAUGCUCCUGGGGACACGAGUGCGCUCUCGCUAACUAUCCUGGUGUUAAUGCUCGUGUUUCACGCUACACCUCCUGGAUCCAAUCUAAUGCAUAAAUUAUUAUGUUUCCAAAUAAACCUAAUUUAAACAUAAAA